AAAUUUAAACUAUCGCAAAAGCACUGCAAUGGCUAAUUUAGCCAAAUUUACCUCACCGAAAGUAUAAAACAUAAACAAUAUACGAAUAUGUUUUGUUUAAAAAAUAAGUUUUUGUUUCAAUAUAAUUGUUAAUGUGGAAUUGUUUUCUUAGGGUCAUGCGUCAUUAUGUAUUUAAAAAGAAAAUUUUGUACUACGGCCUAUUAGUUUUUACAUUUGUUAUACUUCUUCAUCCUGAUAGAAAUGCUAGAGGAACCUAUGAAUUUAUAACAAAGGAAAAUAUAUUUCAUAAUUUACUAAAAGAAACUGCUACUAACUUUUCCAGUACAGCGAUAUCCGAUUGUGAUUAUUAUGAUGUUAUUAACGAUGAGUCUACUUUACCAAUAAAUAUUGUUGAAGAAGAUUUAAUUGAAGGACAUAGAAUAAGAGAUGGUGGAGAAUAUGCGCCUCUUGACUGUAAACCGAAGUUCAGUACUGCAGUUAUUGUUCCUUAUAGGGACAGAGCCGAGCAGCUACGGGGAUUUCUGGUAUAUAUGCACAUGUUCCUCAGAAGACAACAUAUCCAUUACCGAAUCUAUGUGGUGGAACAAGUUGACUCUCGACCUUUCAACAAAGCUAAGCUAAUUAACAUUGGUGCAGUAGCUGCUAUGCGGGCAGGAUACCCUUGUCUAGUAUUCCAUAAUGUUGACUUAUUACCAUUCAAACCAGCUAAUUUAUAUGCAUGUACAAAACUUCCUAGGCACAUGUCCUCAAGCAUCAAUAAAUUUAGAUUUGUAUUACCAUAUCUGAAUCUUUUCGAAGGUGCCAUAUCAAUAGCUUCUAAACAGUUCAAGGUAGUAAAUGGUAUGAGUAAUGAACAUUUUGGUUUAAAUGGAUAUGAUGAUGAUCUGUAUUCCAGACUUGAGUCACAUAAAAUAAAAUUAACUCGUUUUGAACCUACAACCAGUCGUUAUUAUAUGUUUUCACACCAAAAGCAAAUAAAGAGACAAAACAAAAACAUAUUAAAUCAUGUUAAAGAAACAAUGUUAAUUGAUGGUCUAAGUUCUUUGAAAUACACUGAGGUGGCAGUUGUUCUUCAUCCAUUAUUUACUCAUAUCAUGGUUGAUUUGUAACAUAUCCUCUAUUUAUAAGUUUUAAGCCUAUGUUACCCAUUUUAAUGUGAUUUUACUAUCUUAAUGUAAUCCCCUUUUUGACUUUUAAUAUAGAUAUGUAUAUUUACA